CGCCGUCGCGUGCGUUUACGUAAAGCUGGCGCUCCGGUUUCCCUGGCGGAGAAGAUGGCGGCUCCUGGACCGGGGGAGUAUUUUAGUGUUGGGAACCAUGUAUCUUGCCUCACCUGCCUGGGCCAGCGCUUGCAAGGAGAAGUCGUAGCUUUUGACUACCAGACCAAGAUGUUAACCUUGAAAUGUGCUUCCUCCAGCGGCAAGCCCAACCUCAGCGACAUCAUCCUGAUUAACUUAGCCUACGUUUCUGACGUAGAAACCAUUAAUGACCGCACCGAGACCCCUCCCCCUCUAGCAUCUUUGAAUGUCGGCAAGCUUGCCAAUCGGGCAAGAACGGAAAAGGAAGACAAGUUGUCCCAAGCCUAUGCAAUCAGCGCUGGGGUUUCAGUCGAGGGCCAGCAACUAUUCCAAACUAUACAUAAAACCAUUAAAGACUGCAAAUGGCAGGAGAAGAACAUUAUUGUGAUGGACGACGUCGUCAUCUCGCCACCGUAUCAGGUGGAAAACUGCAAAGGCAAAGAGGGAAGUGCUUUAAGUCAUAUACGCAAAAUUGUCGAGAAACAUUUUAGAGACGUGGAAACGCAGAAGUCGAUGCAGCGUUCACAAGCACAGCAAACACAGAAGGAGUCGUCGUUAUCAUCCUGAUGUGAUAGAGGGCGGGCACGGAUUGGCCAGAGAGGGCACGGUGGGCAUCAGCGCCCCGAAAGCUGAGCAAGAACGGCACUCCCCCUCUCUUUUUCUCUGUCUCUCUCUUCCUCCUCCCACAUUCAUUGUCAGUCAGAGGGGGUGGGGGGGGGUCACCAAGGGGCCCCGGGUCUACCAGAUCAAAUAAUAAAAAUAAAAAAACAGAAAAACUGGAAAAAAAUUAAAUAAAAAGUGAGGGUGAAAAGACUUAAUUCUAAAUUAGACUUUAUAAAGAUAAUUUAAAAUACCGAUUAUUAAACAACCCAUAGUUUUCCUAACUAACUCUCAGCAUCUCUCUCUCUCUUCCUCUUUCUCUGUGCCCUCCUCUUCCCCUUCAUUUUCCUUUUCUCUUCGUCUUCAUUUCCAUUUUUCUCAAAAAAAAGAAAAAAACCCAAGCAGUCAGAAAAGCCCAUUAGCUUUUUUUUUUCUUCCUCUCCCAAUUUUCCUUUUUUCCCCCCAGCGCUGUCUUCAUGUUCUACACGUGUCUGUAUUUUCUGUAUUUUAAAACAAUGUGACUUGAAAUGCCACAGUUUAAAAAGGACAUUUUCUAAAAUAAAAGUAACAAAAAUUCUGACUGUAA